UCCAGACCAGAAGCCGAAGCUUCAAAACCCUAAUUCAAAACCCCCACAACGUUCCGCAGGUCUUUCUUUGUCUCGACCACAACUGCUCAAGAACCUUCGUUCUGCUUCCCAUUCGUUCGAUAGGGAUGGCUUCGUCCUUAACCGGCAGAUUCAAGGAGCUCCUCAAGAAGUACGGCAAGGUUGCCCUGGGAGUCCACUUCUCCGUCUCCGCCGCCUCCAUCACCGGUCUCUACGUCGCCAUCAAGAACAACGCCGACGUCGAGUCCAUCUUCUCUAAGCUCCACCUCCCGGGAGUCUCCGGCAAUGAGCAGCCCGAAGGAGCCGAGUCGUCUUCACCACCUGUGAACACCGACGGGUUCGUGGCCGAAGAUACCGGUAUUGAUUUGUCGUCGUCUACGCCCGGCAUGGUGGAGGAGGAGGCGGGGAAGAAGCGGAAUCGUACUGCGGAGCUGGUUGCCUCCACCGGCGGAGCCCUGACCUUGGCUGUCCUGUGUAAUAAGGCGCUGUUUCCGGUGAGGGUCCCGAUCACGAUAGCAGUCACACCUCCGGUGGCGAGGUUUCUGGCUAGGAGGCGGAUUAUCAAGGACAGCAACGAUUAUCCAAUGGAUUGUGUCCCUGAGAAGGCUUCUGAGAUUUGGAUUUGGUCAUUUUCCGGCUUCCAAAUCAGUGAUGGAUCUGCAAGUUCGAUUCCGUCACCAAGCUUUUCGAUCCCUUCAGGUCACUCUCUUGCUUUCACAUGAUCUGGCAGCUGUCCUGAGGGAUGAAAAUGGCCUUCCAAUGCGAUUGCUUCGACUUGAUUUUGCCACCUUAUGUUGUAUAGUUCCCAAAGUAGUUUCUGAAUUUUGCUGCUCUUCUGUCCGGACUUAACGGCCUCGAUUGGUUUGUUUCUCAUCAUUCUCGGUGCAAAGACUGUUUCGGUCGGUAUUAUACUACAAGUUGGCGAAGAAAAUCCAUACAGAGGAUCCGUCGAGACAACUAUAAAGGAAAAUACGUGUUAAAACAUAUCAGAUAAGCACAAUUCAAUUGAAGUGAUGCAUACUUCGCCGUAAUCCUAAUUCUCAACCUGCUACAACUA